AGUAAAGAAGUGAAUUGAUUGCGACUAGUCUUAAAACAUUCCCGGGAAAAAUUUAUUUUUGUUUUAAAAAUUAUUGAAUUUUAAUUUUAAUUGAUAUUUUAGAAGGUUUUUUUUCAAAAUAAGCAGAACUAAAUAAUUUUUACGACAUGUGGAUUAAAGUCUGUUCCAUGGAUGGAAAAGUGUCCCAUCGUGUGCACGGUCUUUCCAAACUAACCAAAAUCGAGGAGCUGCGUCCACUGCUUGUUGACAAAUUUGAUGCUCCCAUUGAGCGACAAAGACUUUAUUAUAGGGGAAAACAACUUGAAGAUGGUCAUUCUCUAUUCGAUUAUGAUGUUGGAAUUAAUGAUACCAUUCAAAUAUUUGUCAGACAACUAUUGGUUGAUUCUCAAGAGAAAAGUGCAAUUAUUGAGGAUACAAAUAAAGAAAAUCAUGAUGCUGAAAAAGCACAAUAUCAGAAUUCUCUUGAAGAACAAGUUUUGAGUAAAUACUAUGAAGUUGGCGACUUAGUUGAUGCAAAGGAUAUCAAACAGCAUGGUUCUUGGUUUGAAGCAAAAAUAGUUCAAAUCAAGCCUCAAAAGCAAGUGUCACAAUGUGUGCCGGAAUGCCAAUCUACCCUUUGUCAACAUAAAAUCAAUGAAAACAAGUUUGAUGAUGGUUUGGCGUACACUGUUGUGUUUGAUGACUAUGAAGACAGUGAAGGUCCUCAAGAUUUAAAGUUAGGCUUCCUUCGUCCUAGAGCUCGUCAUCUUAUUGAUUAUGAUAAUAUUAAAGUAGGUGAUCUAGUCAUGAUCAAUUACAAUAUUGAUUCCCCUACUGAAAGAGGAUAUUGGUUUGACUGCAAAGUUACUGCAUUGAAACAGACUAAACAUAAGAAAGAAAUAAUUGGCACACUCUUAAUUGGUGCCCAAGAAACAGAGUUGGAAAACUGCAAAAUACUAUUUACGGACGAGGUUUAUGCGGUUGAAAACAAUACGCUUUUAUCUGAACAGUCUGGCAAACAGAAUGAAGAGCCUGUUGUUAGAUCAAAACCAGAGGAACCCAAGUGCUCUCGCUGCAAAGACAAUCCAGCAAGAAAAUGUAGGGAAUGUAGCUGUCGUUUGUGUGGUGGGAAGGAUUCUCCUGAGAAGCAGCUUGUUUGUGAUGAAUGUGGCUUCUGCUUUCAUUUGUGGUGCAUGGACCCACCUCUAACAGAAAUUCCAGAAGAGGAGGAUUGGUAUUGUCCAGAUUGUAAAAAUGAUGAAACCGAAGUUGUUCGUGCUGGAGAAAAACUGAAGGCGAGUAAGAAGAAAUCAAAGAUGCCAUCAGCUAAUUCUUCCACUUCUCGAGAUUGGGGUAAAGGUAUGGCAUGUGUGGGACGUACGAAAGAGUGCACAAUUGUUCCUCCAAAUCAUUUUGGGCCUAUACCAGGUGUUGAAGUUGGAAGCAUGUGGAAAUUCCGUGUUCAGGUUUCUGAAAGUGGCGUGCAUCGUCCUCCUGUUGCUGGUAUCCAUGGUCGGGACAAAGAAGGUGCCUACUCCAUUGUUCUCUCUGGGGGUUAUGAAGAUGACCUUGAUGAAGGAGAGGAAUUCAAAUAUACAGGAAGUGGAGGCAGAGACUUAUCUGGUAAUAAACGCUGUGCUGAACAAUCCUGUGACCAAACUCUUACUCGCAUGAAUAAGGCUUUAGCUUUGAAUUGUAAUGCCAAACUGAACAAAGAUGGAGCAGAAGCUGAAGAUUGGAAGGGUGGAAAACCUGUCCGUGUAGUGCGCAAUUGUAAAGGAAGUAAACAUUCUAAAUAUGCUCCCACAGAAGGCAAUCGAUAUGAUGGAAUUUAUAAAAUUGUAAAAUAUUGGCAAGAAAAAGGAAAAUCUGGAUAUCUUGUCUGGAGGUACUUACUCAGAAGGGAUGAUCCCAUCCCUGCUCCUUGGACAAAGGCUGGAAAGAAGAGAUCCCUGGAAUUAGGCUUAGAAAUGCAGUAUCCAGAAGGCUACCUUGAGAAAAAUGAAAAGGAAGAUGAAGAUGGGACAGCCACCAAAACACAAGGGAAAAGAAAACAUAGUGAUUUGGGUUCUGAUUCUACUAAAAAGAAGAGAAAAACCAUUGCCUAUAGUCUUUCAUCAGAUGUGGAAAAUUUAAUCAAAAAAGACAGCGUGAAUAAAAAGAUUUGGGAUGAGUGUUUGGAAGUUGUCUCUGAAGGAGCUCAGGAAUUUUUGAAGAAAGUAGAAAGUUGUUUUUCCUGCAUUUGCUGUCAGGAAGUUGUAUAUAAUCCAAUAACAACUGUUUGCUCUCACAAUAUAUGUAAAUCAUGCAUGGGACGUUCCUUCAAAGCUGAAGUGUAUAGCUGUCCAAUGUGUCGCCAUGAUUUAGAGAAAAAUAUUCUUAAGGAUAAAAAUGAAACUCUACAAAAAAUCCUCUCCAGUUUAUUUCCUGGUUAUGAAGCUGGGCGUUGAGAAUCAAGCUUUGAGAUCCAUUUUAAAAUAAGAAUGUGUUCGUAUGAACCAAUGCCAUAUUUUAUAUUCUUAAAAUAAUAUUAUUUCAUUUUGUUGUGAUGACAAUUGCUUACCUUUUUUUAUUCUUAAUUGCAUAUUCAUCUUAGCAUCAUCAAAUUGUGUUGUUGUCCGGGUUAAUGUAUUCAUGAUUUUUCAAAGUAAAAUUUUAAGAAAUCUAAUUUUUAAAAAUUCUUUUUUCCACUUCUGCCUAUCAAAAGCUCAGAUGAAAUGUAUUACUUGAUUGAUGUGAUACUUGAUUUCUAACGAAAUGUGAUACUUGAGCUCUGUGAUACUUGAUUUCUAACUAAAAUGAUUGAAAUUAAUAUUUAAUAGACAGAAACUGGAUGCUCCGAAUUAAUAAAACAUUUUGAUAUAAAUCAGAUUUUUGAAUUUUUUUUUUUCGUUUAUCACUCAAAACUCCAAAACGUUCUAAUAAUUCUUAAUAUCAUUUAAAUACAAUACCAUAAUUAAAAUACUUAAUAUUUUUAACUGAAAUCUUUAAAAUUAUUAUUGUUUUAUGAUUGCAAACUAGUUGCUGAAAAAGCAAAAUCAGUAAUUUUUAUGCCAGAUAAACACCCUUAUGAACUGUAAUGAUUGACAAUUGGAUAUCCAAUGAAAUGUAAUUAAUUUAAAUCAGAUAACAUUUUUAAAAAAAAUAAACUGCAGUACCUCGAUAAACCAAUUUUCUCGUGUGACCAUUCAUUCCGAACAACCGAUCCGGAAAAAUGACUCGUUUGGGUCAUCAUAAAAUUCCAUAAAGGCAUAGAAAGUAAUAAUGAAGUAAUGAACUUGAAACUUUAUAUGAUUACAACAAGUAUAAAACAUUUUAAAGGAAAAGAUUAAGUACUUAAUAAAAAAAUAUUUAGGAAGCAAUAAAAAGAUAAUUAGGAACAUUUAUGUAUUUAAAAUAUGUAGAAAUGUUUGUUUGAACAAAAAAUUUUCUGUUCACUGCAAAAAAUAAAUAUUCGCAUUAACAGAUUCCUCUUUUUUCUUCUUUUUUUUCUCGGUAAAUUAAGAUGAAAACAGAAAAUGUCUCAUUGUUUCAAAGGCUUCAUGGCACUCUGCAGAUGUUUCUGGUAGUUGUGAUUCCAUUUCGCCGUCUUUAUCUGCGUCAUUUUACUUUUCAGUUUUUGAAAUCAUUUUUUUAACCGACAUCAGAAGCUUUAACAUUUUCAUAUGCUGAUACAUAAACAUCAAAUGUGAUAAUUCAAUAUUUCCCACUAGCUGUAAUAAAUCCUCAUUUUCUUCUCAAAACAAAAGGGCUUCAAUUUUCUUUUUCUUCUUCUUUUUUUUUUAUGCCAGUAAAAUUCCCGAAUAAUAUAUGCAGAAGUCUUCUAGUUACGAAAAAGUUCUAAACCGGUUUUGUUUACAUUAUAAAAAUAGCAUUUGUGAUGAGACUAUUGAAUUGAGAUUAUUCAUAUGGGAAAACAAAAUAUAUGAUAACGAUGAAUCAAGAUUCAACUAUAUUUUAAAUUGCUCAUGACAGAGUAAAUACUAUGCAUUAAUUAUUUAAAAAAAUUUAAAAGUGCAUGUAUUUUAACAAACAUUAAACUUAAUGAGUAAAACCACUUUUAUCCACGUUAGAUAUUUUCUUUUGUUUAAUUUAUUCUAUUUUGAACAUUAAAUACUUCACAUAAAUGACCUAUCAUUAUUUCUUUGUACUAAGUCUACAUUAUCCAUAAAAUCAGACUUCUAAAAAAAUAAAAAUUACAACCCUAAUAGAUUUAUAGAUAAAAAUAUUUUCAACUUAAAUCAAUGAUUUAAAAAAAAAAAUAGUCAAAUGAUUUAAAUCAAUCUAACCCUAGUUGUUGAGGAAAAUUUUAGAUUUUUAAAGUCUAAGUUAUGUGUUUAUCUUAACAUUUAAUUGUGUUGUCAGAAAUUAUUGUAGAUUUUUUUUUUUUGUGUAUUAAGUUCUGUUGGCAUCUUAACAACAUAUUGUGUUAUGACUGAUUGCAGAUUUUUAUACCUUAAGUUGUGUUUACAACUUAGCAGCAUUUUAUUGUAGUUGAACAAAUGCAUAUUUUAUAUUAAAUAAUCAAAUAUUUUUUGGAAAUAAAUUCAGAAAUUGUGCAAUUAA